AUGAGGGACGAUUUACAUUUUAAUGUAAAGGUUUUUUAUUUAUUUAUUUUAUUUCCAAUACUUUGUAAUUUAACUUUUAGAGGUAUUUCAACAAAAUGUUUUCUAUAUAAAAAAUAUACAAUCACUCCAAUAGAACAAAGACCAACGAUUGGGACUGCCACAGCAACUGGUAUUAACCAUUUACGAGAGUUUUUAUUGUCACAUUCCGAUUUAAAAUCAGUUUCGAGUAAAACUGAAAAGUCUGGAUCGAUAAUUGAUUGGUUUACAAAAUGUGGUAGAUUUAAUGUUGCAAUUACUGAAUUACCAUUAUUAUUAACAUCAAUUGAUAAAUAUGUUGGUCUUCCAUCUGAUAGUAUUUGA